CACUGUGAUGUCUGUGGGAAAUCAUUCUCUGUAAGCAGCUACCUAACUGCACACAAACGCAUUCACACAGGGGGAAAACCAUUUCACUGUGAUAUUUGUGGUAAAUCUUUCUCUGAAAGCAGUAAAUUAGUUGGACACAAACGAAGUCAUACAGGAGAAAAGCCAUAUCACUGUGAUAUUUGUGGUAAAUCUUUCACUCAAAGCAAUAACUUAACUAAACACAAACUUGUUCAUACAGGAGAGAAGCCAUUUCGCUGUGAUAUUUGUGGUAAAUCUUUCACUCAAAGCAAUAACUUAACUAAACACAAACUUGUUCAUACAGGAGAGAAGCCAUUUCGCUGUGAUAUUUGUGGUAAAUCUUUCACUCAAAGCAAUAACUUAACUAAACACAACCUUGUUCAUACAGGAGAGAAGCCAUUUCGCUGUGAUAUUUGUGGUAAAUCCUUCACUCAAAGCAAUAACUUAACUAAUCACAAACGUGUUCAUACAGGAGAGAAACCAUUUCACUGUGAUAUCUGUGGUAAAUCAUUCUCUCAAAGCAAUAGCUUAACUAGACACGUACGUAUUCAUACAGGAGAGAAACCGUUCCAUUGUGAUAUCUGUGGUAAAUCAUUCUCUCAAAAUUGUCAUUUAACUUCUCACAAACGUAUUCAUACAGGAGAGAGGCCUUUUCGCUGUGAUUUCUGUGGUAAAUCAUUCUCUAGGAAACGUUACUUAACUGGACAUGUAUCUAUCCAUACAAGAAUUUGA